AUGAAUCACAUUGGGGUGCUGUUGCUUGCCAACAAUACCCCAAAACAGGUGGAAGUGCGCAUGCACGAUAGUCAGCUGACCUCAGAUGAAGUGCGCCCCAGAUCACCAUGUCUGAGGAUGUGUGACAAGCUUCGGAGCAACCUCCUGUUGACCCUUACAGUAUUUGGUGUUAUUAUGGGAGCAGUACUUGGUGGUCUUCUUCGGCUGGCCUCUCCCAUCCACCCCGAUAUUGUCAUGGUGAUAGGCUUUCCAGGAGACAUUCUCAUGAGGAUGCUGAAGAUGUUGAUCCUUCCUUUAAUUAUCUCCAGUUUAAUCACAGGCCUGGCUGGGUUGGAUGCCAAAUCAAGUGGACGCCUCGGAACCAGAGCAAUGGUGUAUUAUAUGUCUACCACCAUUAUCGCUGCUGUGCUGGGAGUAAUUUUGGUCUUGGCUAUUCAUCCUGGAGACCCCAAACUAAAACAGCAGCUUGGGAAGGGCCAAGAAAAUGAUGAGGUGUCCAGCUUAGACGCCUUCUUGGAUCUCAUAAGGAACCUCUUCCCUGACAACUUGGUGCAAGCUUGUUUCCAGCAGGUAACUAAACUCACCUUUUCACACAUCAUAGUCCUCCCUGAUCACCAGGCUCCUGACACAAAAUAAAUCUUUAAUUGAAUUGAUAUUUUUUUAUGCUAUCAGUUUCUCCCAGGAGAUUUAAAUCAGGGUUUCCAGAAAGAGGAAACUGCCAUAUUUUAUUGCAGACCAAUGACUGACCCAAAGUGUUAUCUGCCUGCAGGUGUGAUUGGUUUCUUCAUAGCGUUUGGCAUUGCAAUGGGAAAGAUGGGGGAACAGGCACGGCUGAUGGUUGAUUUCUUCAACAUCCUCAAUGAGAUUGUCAUGAAACUUGUGACUAUGAUAAUGUGGUAA